AUGACGGAUGUCGACAAUGAGAUGCGAUGCUUGCUUGACCUGUAUCGGGCGAUGGCGCCAAUGGACCAGCUAAUGCACAACCUGAAGAGCUGCUCGAGUUACUUGACUCUAGAAUUCCAGGAUCGGUUCAUGCAGUUUGUCAUUCAAGACCCCAUUGCAGAUGACUUCCCUCCCAAGCAAAGCUAUACCUUUCGACUCCUCAGGUUGUACAUCCAAGAGAUUGAACGUCAAGGCGACGACGUCUCGGACGUGUUGAUGGAAGAAAUCCUGCCCAAUGUCUGCCACAAGAAUGCCUCCAUUGGCGCCAUCGAUUUGGACGAAUUGCAUCAUGUGACGUAUCGGAUACCUCAUCCCCGCGGUGGCUCGGUUGACUGGACCAAUGACGCCGCAGUUCACGACCGCAAGAAUUCCGUCAUCACUUGCCGCGUCGCCGCUGCCCACAACGAAGUCGGCAUGAAGCUUUGGGAAGCAGGUUUCUUCCUCGCCGAGUAUGUCCUUUCCCACACUGACGUGUUCCGAGGUCAGCGUGUGAUGGAGCUCGGCGCUGGCGUCGGGUUCACUGGCCUCGUGCUUGCCAGUCUUCCUUCGGUCGCCGCGGCGGUAGUCUUGACGGAUUACGCUCCCGUGGUCAUGCAGAAUCUCCGGUACAACAUCGAAGUGAAUGAACAUGCCUGUCGACUGCAGUGUCCUCUUGUGGAGGCCAUGUUGGUGGAUUGGACGGCGUGGGAGUGGCAUGACACACCAUGGGAUAUCUUGAUCGCUGGCGACUGCGUGUACGACGUGGCGGCGUUUCCCGCCAUGGUGCAUGUGUUGGCCACGUUUCUCGACGCCGACCAGAAGAAGUCGGCGAUCUUUGCCUCGACCUUGCGCAACCAAGCCACGUUCGAUGCGUUCUUGAAGGAGCUGCAUGUCCACGCCAUCGAUUACGACGACAUCACGGCCGAAGCGGUGGCGAACAUGCCGCGGGCGUUUCAAUACGACAACCGCGGCUCCAUUCGGCUUUGUCGAAUGACCAAAGCAGCCACCCACGAGACGAUUUAA